UCCGCGCGAAAAGACGGCCCUGGCGCGCCAAUUGCUUUUUCUAGCGUCCAUUCCACAACACAGCACAUGCUAAGGCUGAGCUGCGUCUUCACUCUCGCUUUUACGCCCAGCCGCUGCUUUUAAACUCUUUUAACGACAUUUUAACUUAAGUGUUUAACGCUAUUGUUAUCGCCCACCGAACGUCAUGCCAGCCAGGACUUCCCUGUCGUUGCCAGAGGAUGUCAGGAAAAGGCUGCAAGUGCUGCACGAAGAUGGAUCUUCAGACGAGGAUCACGUGAAGGAGAAGCUCAAACUGGUGCAGGAUUUCCUGCACGCCGAUGCUCAGGAUGCCCUCGGCAAUCUGGAGGAAAGGAUGAAAAGCUCAGAAAUCUCCAUGGAGGACUACAUCUCCAACGUCAAGUCCCUGCUGGGAAAGGAGCUCAACCUAGAGAACGGUGAGGAGUCCAACGGCAAAACGAACGGCCUCAGCAAUGGCUCCCACAAAGACAAGGACGUCGUUAUGGAGGAUGAGGAAGACGAGGCCAUCAAAUCGCCAAGCGCUCGAGGGAAAGGGCGCAAGAGUAAAACUGAAACCAAAAAAUCGCCGGCCAGUUCCAGGGUGACGAGAAGUGGUGGAAAGCAACCAACCAUUACGUCAAUGUUCUCCAAAGUUCAAAAACGCAAGUCUGAAGACCUGAAUGGAGAAGCCACAAAUGGAGAAACUGAAGUGAAACAAGAAGAUGUUGCUGAAGAGUCUCAAGAGAAACGCCUGAAAGUGGAGUCUGCAGAAGAAGUCAAAACUGAAACUAAAACAGUUUCAGCUGCAAAGACGCCACCUCCCAAAUGCCCAGAUUGCAGGCAAUAUUUAGACGACUCCGACCUAAAGUUCUUUCAAGGGGAUCCGGACACUGCGCUGGACGAGCCGGAAAUGUUGACUGACGAGCGCCUCUCCUUGUUCGACUCGAACGAGGACGGUUUUGAGAGCUACGAGGAUCUGCCGCAGCAUAGAAUAACAAAUUUUAGUAUCUAUGACAAACAUGGCCAUCUCUGCCCUUUUGACGCUGGACUGAUUGAGAGGAACGUGGAACUCUACUUUAGUUGCGUCGUUAAACCUAUCUAUGACGACAACCCCUGCUUGGAUGGUGGUGUUCCUGCCAAGAAACUUGGACCCAUUAAUGCCUGGUGGAUUACUGGAUUUGAUGGAGGAGAAAAAGCUCUCAUCGGGUUCACCACAGCAUUUGCUGACUAUAUCCUGAUGAAUCCCAGCGAGGAGUACUCGCCCAUCUUUGCACUGAUGCAGGAGAAGAUCUACAUGAGCAAAAUUGUGGUGGAGUUCCUUCAGAAGAAUCCAGAUGCCAGUUAUGAGGACCUUCUCAACAAGAUUGAGACUACAGUUCCGCCACCAGGCCUCAACUUCAACUGCUUUACUGAGGACACUCUACUGCGCCACGCCCAGUUCGUGGUGGAGCAAGUGGAGAGCUACGAUGAGGCAGGCGACUCUGAUGAGCAGCCCAUCAUCGUCACGCCCUGCAUGCGCGACCUGAUCAAGCUAGCAGGCGUUACGCUAGGGAAGAGGCGAGCUGCCAGACGACAAGCUAUCCGUCACCCUACCAAGAUCGAAAAGGACAACAAGGGUCCCACUAAAGCCACCACCACUAAGCUGGUCUACCUGAUCUUUGACACGUUCUUCUCGGAACAGCUGGAGCAGGAUGACAAGGAGAACGUGACCAAACGACAGCGCUGCGGUGUCUGCGAGGUUUGCCAAUCUCCUGACUGUGGCAAGUGUGCUGCCUGCAAAGACAUGAUCAAAUUUGGAGGAAGUGGCAAAAGCAAACAGGCUUGUAAGCAACGAAGGUGCCCAAACUUGGCCGUAAAGGAGGCAGAGGAUGACGAGAACGUGGAGGAGGAAGAUGUGCCGGUCAAGAGCAAGAAAGCGUCUCGGGUGAAGAGGAAGAAGCAGACUCAGUGCAAGCUGACAUGGAUAGGCGAGCCCAUUCAGUGUGAAGGCAAGAAGCAGUACUACAAAAAGGUCUGCAUGAAUGAUGAAGAGCUGGAAGUGGGCGAUUGUGUCUCAGUAUCGUCAGAGGAUCCGUCCACUCCGUUGUACCUGGCGAGGAUCACGGCAAUGUGGGAGGACAACAAUGGCAAGAUGUUCCAUGCUCACUGGUUCCUCCGCGGCACUCAAACGGUGCUCGGCGAGUCGUCCGACCCCCUGGAGCUCCUCCUUGUGGACGACUGCGAGGACAUCUCAUUGAGUUACAUACAAGGCAAAGUCAACGUCACCUACAAGGCACCCUCCGACAACUGGUUCAUGGAGGGCGGGUCUGAUGUCGACGUGAAAGUCAUCGAAGACGACGGUAAAAGUUUCUUCUAUCAGUUCUGGUACGACACCGAUUUUGCCCGCUUUGAGACUCCACCCAAGACCACACCAUCGGAAGACUGCAAGUUCAAGUUUUGUACCAGCUGCGUGAGGAUUAAAGAGCGUGAGGAAUGGGAAACUCCUCGCGCCUUUGAGCCCUUGGAUGAAGAGCACGACUCAAAGGCACUCUAUGCAUUGGGCUGCUUCAAAGGCGAGCAGUUCAGAGUAGGAGACAGUGUCUACCUGUCUCCUGAGGCCUUUACCUUCAGUGUAAAAGCAACCAGCCCGGUGAAGCGCUCCCACAGGAAAGAGGAUGUGGACGAGGACCUUUACCCAGAAUACUACAGAAAAUCCUCAGAUUAUAUUAAGGGCUCCAACCAGGACGCCCCGGAGCCGUUCCGAAUUGGCCGCAUCAAGGAGAUCUUCUGUCACCGGCGUAGCAACGGCAAGGCGGACUUGUCAGAGAUCAAACUACGACUGUACAAGUUUUACAGGCCUGAAAACACACACAAAGGCGUGAAAGCCAGCUACCACACAGAUAUCAAUCAACUGUACUGGAGUGACGAGGAGGUCACCGUCAGCAUGUCAGAUGUGCUUGGACGCUGUCAAGUCGAAUACGGAGAGGACCUUAACGAGCCGGUCCAAGAAUAUUCCAGCGGCGGAUCCGAUCGCUUCUAUUUCUUGGAGGCUUAUAAUGCCAAAUCCAAAAGUUUUGAAGAUCCUCCAAACCACGCUCGAUCUGCCACGCAUAAAGGAAAAGGAAAGGGCAAAGGGAAAGGUAAAGGCAAAGGGAAGGCUUCAGUCAUUCAAGAAACCGCAGAGCAGCCCACGGAAUCACAGACUCCCAAAGUGCACAAAUAUCGCACACUGGACGUGUUCUCGGGCUGCGGAGGUCUUUCCGAAGGCUUCCACCAGGCAGGCAUUUCCGAGACGGAGUGGGCCAUUGAGAUGUGGGAGCCGGCAGCGCAGGCCUUCAGGCUCAACAACCCGGGCACCACCGUAUUUACUGAAGACUGCAACGUGUUGCUCAAGCUGGUUAUGUCGGGCGAGAAGACAAACUCAUUGGGGCAGAAGCUGCCACAGAAAGGCGACGUGGAGAUGCUGUGCGGGGGUCCUCCGUGUCAAGGCUUCAGCGGCAUGAAUCGCUUCAACUCACGCACGUACUCCAAGUUCAAGAACUCAUUGGUGGUCUCCUACCUCAGUUACUGUGACUACUACAGACCAAAGUUCUUCCUACUUGAGAACGUGAGGAACUUUGUGUCUUUCAAAAGCUCUAUGGUCCUUAAGUUGACUCUGCGCUGUCUCGUCAGAAUGGGAUACCAGUGCACCUUUGGAGUCUUACAGGCGGGUCAGUACGGCGUGGCCCAGACUCGCCGCAGAGCCAUCAUCCUGGCUGCAGCACCCGGAGAGAAGCUGCCCCGCUAUCCCGAGCCUUUGCACGUAUUCGCACCCAGAGCAGUCUCCCUCAGCGUGGUGGUGGACGAGAAGAAAUACGUCAGCAACGUCACACGCGGCAACGGCGGAAUUUACAGAACUAUCACGGUGCGAGACACAAUGUCCGACCUGCCCGACAUCCGCAACGGCGCCGCCGCCUUGGAGAUCUCCUACAACGGCGAGCCUCAGUCGUGGUUCCAGAGGCAGAUACGUGGCACGCAGUAUCAACCUAUCUUAAGGGAUCAUGUUUGCAAGGACAUGAGCGCUCUUGUGGAAGGCCGCAUGCGUCACAUCCCGCUGGCGCCCGGCUCGGACUGGAGAGAUCUUCCCAACAUUGAGGUGCGUCUGAAGGAUGGUACCAUGACCAAGAAGCUGCGCUACACGCACCCGGACAAGAAAAACGGACGCAGUGGCACCGGCGCCCUAAGAGGCGUAUGCACCUGUGCCGGAGGAAAGCCUUGCGAUCCGGCCGACCGGCAGUUCAACACGCUGAUCCCGUGGUGUCUGCCUCACACGGGAAACCGCCACAAUCACUGGGCGGGACUCUACGGAAGGCUCGAGUGGGAUGGAUUCUUCAGCACCACGGUCACUAACCCUGAGCCAAUGGGAAAACAGGGUCGUGUUCUGCACCCCGAGCAGCACAGAGUGGUGAGCGUGAGGGAGUGUGCUCGCUCUCAAGGUUUCCCCGACACCUACCGCUUCUUCGGAAACGUCCUGGACAAACACAGACAGGUGGGCAAUGCCGUGCCGCCACCUCUCUCCAGAGCCAUUGGAAUGGAGAUCAAGAAGUGCAUUAUUGAGAGAAUGAAGGAAGAACAGACAGAAAAUAAUAUCAAACAGGAGAAGAUGGAAAUGUCUGACUAGUUUUCUCUCUCUACAGCAAUUCAUAAUUUUGGGACAGACAAGGGUCAUGUAUUCUUCUGUAUGAACUUGUUGGAUAAAUUGUAUGUAGUUUUUAUAUCUAUUGCAUCAAAUAAAGCUCUUAUCACAUGGCCUACUUCUUGUCAUCAUGUUUC